UCUCUGUCCAAUCCACAACGUUAUCUUUUAAAAAUACACAUGGACGACAAUCAUUCUGCCCUUUUCUGUCAAUGACGGGAAUUGCAUUCAGACACGGCUUACUCCAAUGUCUAUAAUUACACUCUCCUGCACAAAUUUCUUCAAUCCGCUUAUUUCCUGCACAAAAUUCUUCAAUCCGCUUGUUUCCUCCCCUUCAAAUUCUACUUCAAAAUCAAAAGCAGAGUCACAUUCACAUUCCACCUCUGUUACAGCAAUGGAAUGGAGCUCAGGCCGUGUACUAGGCCCUGCGCCACCAGACUCCGACUGGUGGGACAAAAUGCUCUUCUCCGGCGCCGUCGUCGUCAAAAACCCUAACCCUAACCCUAACCCUAAAACCUCAAACCCUAACGGCGAUGCGUACCGCAUGUACUACUACGGGCGAUCAGAAGACAUGUGGAAUAUGGGCGUAAAACCCUUCAACAAAUCCCUCCCCACGGGCAGAAUCGGCAUGGCUCUCAGCGCAGACGGCACAGCCUUUCGCCGCCACCGCGGCUCCUUACCAAACGGCGCCAUUUUCGAUCCCUCAGACGAUCCCGCCGCCUUCGAUUCCGUCCAUGUCGCCGUCAGCGACGCCGUCUAUUCUGAAGGCAAAUGGUGUCUUUACUAUUUUGGCGGCGGCAUGCUCGAGCUUCCUCUGGUCGGGAAACCAGAAGAGAAACACAGAGGCCUGCGGCUUCUGCCGGGAAUGGCGUCUUCCGACGACGGUUUCCUGUUUUCCGAGCGCUUUGGCCCGCUGCUAGACGUCGGGAAACCGGGAUCUUGGGACGAGAAUGGGGUUUCCUGGCCAAGGGUGUUUUCCGGCGACGGUAAGCUGUUUAUGACGUAUCAUACAAGGGAGAGUGGUGGACCUGCCGGAAUGGGGUUUUUCUCGGCCGGUUUGGCGGUUUCCGGCGACGGGAAGAGGUGGGAGAAGGUCGGGAAAAUUUUGUCGGUUGGGGAGCUCGGGUCGUGGGACGAGGGUGGGGUUUCGGUGCGCCACGUCAUACGGGUGGGUGAUGAGUAUGUCAUGUUUUAUGAGGGGUCCAAUUUUAGAUUCGAGUUUGCUAUUGGCUUGGCUUUGUCGAGUGAUGGUGUGACGUGGCGGAAAGAUGUGGAAUGUGGGAGGGAGCCAGGUGGGCCUAUCUUGACAGCUAGGACUGGGGAGGAUGUUUGGGACAAUGUCAUUGUGGGGACUCCUUAUGUUUUGCCAAUGCCAGAUGGCAACUUUAGGAUGUAUUAUUUGGGGGUUGGCAAAGUGGAGGCCAAUGGAGAAGUGACAACUCAGCAAGGUAUGGGUCUAGCUGUCAGUGAUGGGGCUAAUUUUCGGUUGUGGAAGAGAUAUGGAUGUUGAAAGACAUUUGUUGUCAAGGACAUAAUUGUAUUUAUGGUAGGUUUUUUAAUAAUUUUUUUUGGGAGAAUGUUGAAUUGUAAAUUAUAAACAAGUUUUAAUA